ACUCAAUCACAUGUAAACAAGCCAACAAAUCCAAGUACCAGUACAAAAAGAAACCAGCGACGUGUGUCCUAGAUAUAAGCAGAAUUAUAUAACACGGCACAAUAUUCAAUCAAACCAUGACUUGGAAUUCAAGUCAUUUAGUAGUUAGUAAAUGCAAUAUCAAUAUCAACUAAUUUAAAUCACAUCAACCUUAACUUAGAUUAAGAUUACACAAUAGACAGAGAGAAUAUAAACUUUGAAAGAAAUUGAUAAUAUAAUAAAUUAGAAAAAACCAUACCAAUAUUGGUGUAGUGGAAACAUCCACUUUUUCUUCUCAUUCUAAUUCCUUUCUCUUCUCUUCACUCCACUCCACUACAAAGCUUCUUCAUUUCUCAACACUUUCCUCUCAUCUCACCAUUCACAAUGACCGAACCAACUUCCAAACCUGCAAUUAACGGUGCCGCCACAACUAACGGAAAUGGAAAUGGAAAUGGAAAUCCACUUCCCGUUAAAGCUCAGCUUUACAAUCCAAACCGUCAAGUUUACCGUCCUCAAUCACAAUACAACCGUCGCCGUCGAUCUAACCGUAGCCUCUGCUGUUGCUGCUGUUUCUGGACAAUCCUCACAGUUCUCGCCGCCGCACUACUCGUUGCUAUUGUCGGUGCUGCACUCUACGUACUCUACCAUCCUCACCAACCAGAAUUCUCGAUCACUAACCUCCGCAUUGCGAAGAUGAAUCUCAAAACCUCAACAGAUUCACCUUCGCAUCUCACCACACUCUUCAACCUCACGCUCAUCGCUAAGAACCCUAACAACCACCUCGUUUUCUUCUACGAGCCUUUCAUUGUUACUGCUUUCUCCGAUUCGGUUCAAAUCGGGAACGGAUCGUUGCCGGCGUUUGAUUCCGGGAAGAACAAUCAGACGAGUCUCCGGUCGGUGCUGUCGGAUUCUCAAGAUCUGGAUACGGAUUCGUUGACUAGUUUGAGAUCGGGUUUGAAGAAGAAGAAAGGCUUUCCGGUGGUGAUUCAGAUGGAUACGAAGGUGAAGAUGAAGAUGGAAUGGUUGAAGAGUAAGAAGGUUGGGAUUAGAGUGACGUGUGAAGGAAUUAGAGGAACUGUUCCCGCCGGAAAAUCACCGGCGGUGGCGUCUGUUAUCAACUCGGAAUGUAAGGUGGAUCUUCGAAUCAAGAUCUGGAAAUUCUCCUUUUAGUUCUGUGAGUGAUGUUAUUAUCAUCUUUGAUUAUUAUUAUUAUUGCGGAUUAUUUGUUAAUCAAUACUAAUAAUCAAUCCAAUCAUCAAAUUUCUUUUUUUCUUUUUUUUUUAUAUUUUAUAUUUCAUUCUUUUUUGGUUUCAUAAUUGCUUUUUAUGGAAUGGAUUGAUUAUGGUUAUCAUGAAAAUGUGUUGAGAAGGUCAAAUCUGUAAGGGAAAAAGAAUUGAUUUGAGUUUUUUUCUUCUCUUCUUUUUCUUCGGAUUAUUGUAACUUGUAAUCUUUGUUUUAAUAGUAAUGCAAUUGCAAAUUAUAAUGUCUUAA